AUGCCAUUCACGUUAUUUGGAUCGAAUGGCCACGAGAAAAGGCACAAGAAAAGCCAUGGCAAGAAACACAACAAGAAACACAACAAGAAACCCGUCCAGCAGGAGAAGCGUCCCAAGUCACCUGGUUUGGAGAAGAGGAGUUAUGUGUCGGAACGCCACAUCGAUUCACCAAGGCUAGCGGCUAGAAAGCUGCUCGUGUCGAUCAUGAACGAUUGUGAGAAUGGGAAUGAUGAUGACUCCUUUGACGCACCACCUAGUAUGGAGUGCACAGAUGCCAAGGCGAGAAACAUUGUUGUCCCAGAGUGCGCAGCAUACAAGAACGUUUCCGGAUCCAAAUCGAUAGACACUGAUGAUGACAUGAAACCUAUACUGCUUCAAAUGGGAGGCGAUUCCGUAGCUGGGGAUGGCUCUGAAGCGCCAUCGAUGCUUUCGUCACGAAGUGGUGGACCUCCAAAAGAAAUAUUUCAAGAAACUCUGUUGCAAGAACAGACAAACUUGGAAGAUGAGAGGAGCCCUAUGGUGGUGAAGAAAAGGCUCAGCCAAAAUGAAAAAGAUGAAUCCAGGAGGGAGGAGUUCCAGACCCUAAUGGCCAAAUUCAAGCCACUGGAUGACCAAGACGAGGUGCGAGAAUCACCAGCGGAGAAGGAGCGAAGGAAUAUCUAUGAUAUGGAAUGGUUUGCCAAAGUGGAGACCGGAAUGAAAAGACGUUACUCAAAUGAUGACAAUGGUACUCCAACAACUCACGAUGACAGUUUCAAAUCGGACCCAGAUACUCUUCCUGAUGCUCCUCUCUUGUCAGAGAGUGAGACGAGUGCCAAAUCAUAUCGCAAGGUAAAGACCAGCAGUGAGAGCUUUUCAUCACUCAAGAACGAGGACAUUUAUCGGCAGCAGUCUUCCAAGGGUGCUAUUGCUAGGAGCUAUUCCGACUUGUUCCAGGCCGCUCGUGCCGCGAAACCUGUUUUUGAAGAAAUCAUGAAGAAAAUCUUUGAUCAUAUUUGCUUUGAAAACGCGGAUGGUAUGAUUGCCAGAUUUGCAGACAUCAAAGACCAAGAGCGCGCAAAAGAAAAAGCCAAUGGCCUUUAUUCGAGGCGAGAACCAGGACCAGCCCUAUCCUGGUUGUAUGAUAUCGUGAGGGGAAGUGUUGUCUUUUCCUCUCCAGAAGGACCCAUGCGGUGUAUUGAAGCAUUCCAACUGCAUCCAGAUGUCAAUGUUGUCAAUGUUCGAAACAAGUUCAUGAGCGACGGUGGUCUCGAUGGGUACGAAGUAUUGAAUCUUCAUCUUCAGAUUGACACGAAGAAAGGCUUCCGGCAUGUUUGCGAAAUGCAAAUCCACCAACUGGAUGUCGAUUCCUUGGAUUUGGAACAGGUGGAUAAGGAAAGGCUGGACGACCUACUGGAAGAUCGAUUGAGUCUUGCUCAAUUGGAACGACUAUCGUACUUGUUCAAUGACCAGUUGCGCCAGUACGAUUGGGCAGAAGUGGUAUUGCGGAAGCUGUUGAAGGUACAGCUGGACAAGGCCAGUCUUGGGAGGUUGGGACAUGGAAGUCUUCAAGUUGCAGAGACCUCUGGCCGAUUAGGAACCUUAUUGCAAGAACAACUCGAUCGCCCAAGUGAAGCUUUGGAGAUGCUUGAAAAGGAGUUGGAAAUACUGAAGAAGCAACUGGGAAACCACCACAUGAAAGUUGCCGAAACCAGCGCACAAAUCGGUGACAUAUUGCAUGCACAAGGGGAAACAGAACGAGCAUUGGAGUAUUAUGGAAAAUCUGUGGAGAUCUUGCAAUUACAAGAAGACCAAAAGCAAUAUUCAUGGGUCAAUGGCACUCGAGAAGACAUCUCGAGUUUGAUGUCACAAGAAGAAGAAAUUCGAGAAUCACUAGAGAUGUACUCGAAAUCCUUAGACAAGUACAAGAUGACCGUUGAAGAAGGGCUCUCCAAUCUUCACGAAACCUUCGAUGAGAUGCAUAAAUGUGCUAGUGAUGACAACAGUCUGGAUCAAGUCAUCCAGAAGAACAACCAGUCGAUUGAUGAAUGUCAGAAAACGCUUCUGGAAUACAUUCCGCACUGUCACCACGGCUUGGGAGAGACAACCAAGGUGCAAGGCAAGGUGGAUGAGGUAUUUGAAGUAUACGCCAAGUCAUUGAUCCAAUCAUACCAAAUACGGAAGUUGCAAGAAGCAGAUGGCCCAGUGAAAGUACAAGUAGUGGCCAAAGGAGGUUGA